UUGUACGGGGCGAGCGGCACUGCGGCCCCGCCGCCCGGAAGGAGAGAGCGGCGCGACCCGGGCCGGGGAACCGGCGCAGCCGCCCGGCUGCGGAGCGAGGGGCUCCGCUCCCCUGUUGUCCUGCCCUGGCACACCGGCUCCUGGGGCAGCAGCCCUCCGUGCCUCGCUCGCCUGCCCGGGGCGAGCGGAAGGGGCAGCUCUGUGGCUUUGACCAGGCUGCUGCAAGGAUGGGGCCCCUGGAAGCAGUAGGUGAGGAAAACCAGACAGAUGAAAUGAAAACGGAGCUGUUCACUAAGCUGUACUUAACAAGAUACACCACACCACUCAAUGAAUUGGCUCUGGACCCUAAACCAGAACUGAAGGACAGCACAACACUUGUUGAAGUACAAAUAAUUCUCAUCUUUGCUUACUGCUCCAUCAUCCUGCUGGGAGUGAUCGGGAACUCCCUUGUGAUCUAUGUGAUCAUCAAAUUCAAAAGCAUGCGCACAGUGAACUUCAUUGCCAACCUGGCAGUGUCUGACCUACUGGUGAACACACUAUGCUUGCCCUUCACUUUGGUUUAUACGCUCUUGGGGGAAUGGAAACUGGGCCCGGUCUUGUGCCACCUGGUGCCUUAUGCUCAGGCCCUUGCUGUCCACGUGUCUACUGUCACUUUGACUGUGAUCGCUCUGGAUCGUCACCGCUGCAUCAUCUACCACUUGGAAAGCAAAAUCUCUAAGCGGAUCAGCUUCCUGAUUAUAGGAGUUGCCCAGGCAGUCAGUGCCCUGUUGGCAAGUCCCUUGGCCCUCUUCCAUGAGUACUCGUUGAUUGAGAGCAUUCCUGACUUCAAGAUUGUGGUCUGCUCUGAGAAGUGGCCAGGGGAGGGGCAGCUCAACUAUGACACCAUCUAAAGCAUCUCCAUGCUCCUGAUCCAGUAUGUGCUGCCUCUGGCAGUCAUCUCCUAUGCCUACAUCCGUAUUUGGACCAAGCUCAAGAACCAUGUUAGCCCUGGGCCGGGGAAUGACCACUAUCACCACCAGCGCCGGAAAACCACCAAGAUGCUGGUGUGCGUGGUUGUGGUGUUUGCUGUCAGCUGGCUGCCCUUUCACACUUUCCAGCUGGUCAGUGACAUUGACAGUCAGGUGUUAGACCUGAAAGAGUACAAACUGAUCUACACAGUGUUCCAUGUUAUUGCCAUGUGCUCAACGUUUGCUAACCCCCUUCUCUAUGGGUGGAUGAAUAACAACUACAGAACAGCCUUCCUCAUGGCCUUCCAGUGUGAACAGCGGCUGGACUCCAUCCACCCCAAAGUAUCAGCAGCUUUCAAAGCCAGGAAGAAGCUAGAAGCCAAGAGGAUUCAGUUCUCUGGGGACUCUUUCACACAACCUACCAAUGUCUAAGAUGUCUGACUUUAAAGAAGAAAUGAAUAUGUUGUGAACAAAGGGAUGAGCCCAUUUUGGUACAUGCAUUUUCAAUGCAUAGUUUACUCAUAAAUGGUGAAAGAACAGUAGCAGGAAAGUCAAGGCAGGUAUGAUUUGAGGGGAGGUGAUUGACAUCAAGAGUAUGUAACUCUACAACUGCAAGGAAGUAAAAUGGAGAGGCUUUGUUUAUGGCUGUCUAACAGGGUAAAUACUCUUCAUCCUUCCCAUAUCUUCUUGACAAGUCUAAAUGACAAGGGCUGGGUUUGCUGAUUUUGCUGGAGGAGGGAAAAUGGCUGAUUUACAGCAUAGGAAUAUUGGUGGUGGGUGCAGGUAGUUUUUAUAUUCGAUGUGGAGAUUAGGGAGUGCAGAAGUCUGCCAGGAGAAAGAAGCCUGUCUGGUGGGGCAAUCAGCUGAAAACAGAAGAGAAAAGAAAAAACAAACCCACUGAAAUACUGGAUUCAGUGAGAGGAAAGUUUCUACGUAAAAUGAAAUGUGGAUUUUGGCCAAUCAAAUGGGGUAAGAAGUCAUCCCUUAAAAACUGGCAGUUGUUAUGCUGGUGAGAAAAUCACGAGCCUGUGACUUGAUCAGUCAUUCCCUGCAGAUUCCUGCCUUUCAUUCUGCUCUGGGAACAGCUCACAAAUGCAGUUCUUUAAAGUGGCAUUUGAGGGCAGGGAAUGCAGGCUCAGGUCUUCUGUGAGCACUUCAUAAACUGCUAAUAUUUUCAUUUUCAGGACCUGCUUAAAUGUCUAAUGUGUUAUUAACUCCACAGGCUUUGAAUUGUUGCUGCUUCUGCCUGGAUAAUAAAAUAGCAGAUAAUUCUGAUCCUCUGGAAAGGCUGCUAGAUGGUAAAGUGCUUUUCUUUACUGUGGUUUUAUGUCAUACUCAUCUCAUCUCGGAGCUUUUUCCAUCUUUAACCUUUGUAAAAAUUAAGAACAUCUGAAUGACUGUAACCUGAUAACAGUAUGCUAUGUUUAUGUGAUAACUUAUCAGUUACUCUGCAUGCCGUAGUUAAUAGUUAAAUUCCUUUUUUGCUCAGGUAUAAAAUUUUAAUCUGUUUACCAUGUUGUACACAGCAAUGCUAAACUCUUCUGUCUUUGUUCAGUCUCUUUGAACUCAUUAAAGAGAUGAAGAAAGUUUCAAUCCAUGUUUAUUCCAAGCUGCCCUGUUGCUUAUCGAGAAUAAAAACAAGCGUGAU